CCUCUGCAUCGCCCCGCUUUUGGCGCUCAGCACCGAGGUAAAUGCUUCCGCUGCCUCUCUCGUGGACACUCCGCCGCUGAUUGCAGGGACCCAGUUCGUUGCCUUCAAUGCGGCCGGAUUGGCCAUAAAGCUCGAGAGUGUCGACCACGAGCAGCACAUCCCCUCCCACGGAGCCAAGCCCCAACCCCGGAGCAGCCGCGUCCACCACCGCUCGACCUCGCCAACUUCCCCAAGCUGCCCCGAACCACCAUGUCGCUUCCGGGGGACCCAGCUCUGCGCCCGGCGGAGACCGCUGCAGUGGCGGCUGCCAACGAGGCAAUGGAGAAAGAGCUCAGGCGGCUGUCAACGUGUGCCGUGGUGGCAUGCCUGUGCAGGGACCGCGGGGACCGCGACGAUGUCGGACCGGAGGCCAUCAAGAGGGCUUUCUGCACCGAGCUCGGCAUCCUGGAGAAGGACAUCAAGGUGUCACGCCACCGGCCGGAGGACUUCCUCAUCAUCUUCGAGCACCAGCACCAUCACGACGCGGCGCUGGACAUGGGGCGACUUCCAGUAGGCCGCAUCAACAUCCGGAUCAUGCCUUGGCGCAUCCUCCCCUACAGCGACCUCAUCGACCUCCGCCACCAUGUCUGCAUCUGCCUCGAGGGGAUCCCGGCUCAUGCCUGGAACGAAAGCAUCGCGAAGAGGGCAAUUGCCAGAACCUGCGACAUCGACUACGUUGAUGCACGUACCCGGAGCCGUGACGACACCAGAGCUUUCUGCCUCUGGGCCUGGACGCACAAUCCAUCCGACAUCCCCAAGGUAACAUGGCUAACAUUGACAGGGAACAUGGUGACAGUGCAGGAAGGCGCAGCUCCACCCAGAGGACGCCGAGGGCUCACCUUCAAGGUGUUAGUCCACCUCGACAUCGUUGAGUCGCCGCCGGACGAGUACGGCCGCUCGUCGUCAAGAAAACUUGACUGGGACUACGGCAUCAUCGACGGCGAGCGUGGACCGCGGGAGCGGCACGAACCACCACCGCCCGUCCCCAGGCACGACAGACGCAGAGACGACGACGACGACGAUGAUCGCCGCGGACGCCGUCAUGACAAGAGGAGAAGCUGGGGCUCCAGGCUGGUGUGCAGCCUCUCCCGCGCCCCGGCCAGAGAACGGGAGCGCGAGAGAUCGGAAUCGCGUCGUGGUCGUCGGAACGGCUCCUCAUCCGCAGCCGGGGGUCACCGCCGGCACUCCUCCGAGAGUCGUCCACCGCUUUGCGGGCGACACCACGCUGCCUCGCUCAGGACUCCUCCACGGCACAUGUCUGCACCCAGCGAGACCAGCAACUACGUCACGCCCUGCUCUUCGGCGGCCGUCAUCGGUGCUGGCCCUGCUUCGGAGGAGCGCGGUAGGGGCACCAGCCCCAUUGAAGGUCAGCCGGAGAUCAUGACGCCACCGGCAAGGAAGACCCGUGGGCGUAGCCGUGAACGCGGCAGCCGGCGCCGCAGCGGUGGCAAGCAACGUUCGCCGACUCGACCUGCACCUCGACAGCCAACCCCAGAUACUCCUCGACGCUGCAACACAAGGAGCCUUCCACAGGUUGGAGCAGAGGACAUGCAGCGCCCGGCACCAAGUCAGCUCAACCAGGCGCCUAACCCCCAGGACGCAGCACCUCCAGCAUCUGCCGCGCCCACAUGGGCGAACUGCUUCAAGCCAGGCUACUUCUACUCCAGGCGCAGGAUCCGCGGGCCGGGUCACACAAGAUGGCGUCCGAGCUGCGCGUCACCGAUGACGGCGACAGCGCCUGUCACAACAUCACCAGCAUCCGACCGCGAGCACAAUGUGGAGUCUGCGACAGCGACGUUCCUUGACACAAUCUCACGUCCCCUACCUCCUGCUCUACUACAGCUACCAGCAGCCAGGAUCGGCCGUCAACAGGGACAUAGGAGGUGCCCACCUCCCCCAGUGCGGAAAAGCGUCCGCAUCGCGGCCAAGUGCUGGCCCAAAGGAGACACCACUGAACGUGCAAGGCAGGUCCUCAUGAAGCGCCUUGGAGUCCUGGAAGAAGAUGGCCUCACCCCUGAUGAUCAGUUCCUCCGCUACAUCAACCUCUUCCAGGGACCGCUCAACGACUCAGCGGUCAUGGCCUUGACAGCCUUAUGCGGCCUCGACGACACCAUGGCAACAACUACUGUUCGUGAGUAGAUGCAAUGCGUCCAUGCUCCAGGGUCCAGUAAUUCAUCCAUGUUAGUCGCCAUGCAUUAUUUUGCUUCCUGCACUGCUGUGUCGCAUCGUUUAGCUUCCUGCAAGCCUCUGCUCGCCAAAUGCAGACUCUGCUCACUGGACGCAUGCAGGGUGACAGCCAGGGGCCUCAAGUCACCGCUGCUGCAACCCAGUGAACCAGCUUGCCAAAUUGUCGGUCGUCGUUGUUCUACGUGCUUUGUACUACUGCUGCAGCGAGUCGUCAUGCCAGAAAUUUUUGGCCUUUCAUCCGGGCCAGCACUGAA